AGCGCGGCGGCCUUGGCCCUUCCGGGGAGCUCGGUGACGCCUUGGAUGGUGGCAAGUGUGGCACAGCCGGGGGUGGCACCACCCUGGGGUGUCCCUGUGCGUCCCCAACACCACUGGGGCUCCGUGCUCAUCUGCUGGGCUUGCAGGGCCUCAGUGCCCUCAGUUCCCUCAUGUCCUGUCCUGGGAUGGACCCACCGGGAUCCGUCCCUGUGGCCUCGGGUUUGAGGGAGCAUUUGGGGUUCCUGGGGGAUGAAGGUCACCAGGAUCCCUACUGAACCCCAGGCCUCGGGUUUGAGGGAGCAUUUGGGGUUCCUGAGGGAUGAAUUCACCAGGAUCCCUCCUUGUGGCCUUAGGUUUGGGGUUCCUGGGAGAUUAAAGUCACCAGAAUCCCUCCUGGCCCACAGGCCUCAGGUUUGAGGGAGUGUUUGGGGUUCCUGAGGGGUGAAUUCACCAGGAUCCCUCCUUGUGGCCUUGGGCUUGAGGGAGCAUUUGAGGGGUUCCUGGGGGAUGAAUUUCACCAGGAUCCCUCCUCGGCCACAGGCCUAGGGUUUUAGGGAACAUUUGGGGUUUCUGGGGAUGAAGGUCACCAGGAUCCCUCCUUGUGGCCUCAGGCCUCAGAUUUGAGGGAGUGUUUGGGGUUCCUGGGGGAUGAAUUCAUCAGGAUCCCAGGUUUGAGGGAACAUGUGCGGGGUUCCUGGGGGAUGAAGGUCACCAGAAUCCCUCCUUGUGGCCUCAGGUUUGAGGGGCUGUUUGGAGGGUUCCUGUGGGAUGAAUUUCACGAGGAUCCUGGAGCAGCCACGGGAUGGUGGCACACAGUGGUCAUACCUUGGUGGUGAUGGCUGUCCCUGGGGUGACAGGCUGUGCUCAAGCAGGUGGCAGCUCGUCCAGCUGGGGUGGCUGGGCCUGGGCCAGGUGGCAUCUCAGUCCUGGGGAGCUUCAGUGUCACUUGUCACCCUCCCCAGGCUGGGGAGCACAAAGGGAGGGUCAGUGGUGGGAGGGUCACCACACUGGCCACCCCAGUCCUCACCAGUGACCGACCUCAUCUUGUCCCCGUGCAGAAAUGGAAACAAACAACCACCUGAACUUCACUGGCCUUUCCUCUGCACCCGCUGCCUCAGGACCGAAACCCACGCCUGCCUCAGGGGACUCCCCCUUCACCCACAGCUCCACGCUCGGCUUCCCCCAGCAAGGGAAAAGUCUGAACGGGGGCAUGAAUGUCAAUGGCUUCUCUACUGUAUCCCACCCCGGUACUUCAGGGACCUUCUCACCCGGCUCCGCUGCCGCCGGGGCCCAGCCCCUCCGCCCCUACGACUGCCUGUGGGACUACUCCCCCUACACACCCGCCGGUGCUGCUGCUGGUGGCCUCAAGGACGGGGGAGGCCCUCCCAACCUCGGACAGUUCCCCCUCAACGGCGUGGCCGGGGGGUCCCGGCCGGCCUCGCCCCCGGGGCAUGGCACCAACCUGCGGGCAGGCGGGCAGGAGCUGUGGGGCAACGGCACCGCAACGGGGCCCAUGGGGCUGAGCUUUGACUCGCAGGAGCUCUACGAGUCCUUCCACGAGCAGAGCUUUGAGUUGAUGCAGAAUGGGCCUGAGGGGUUCUAUACCACGGGUCAGUCCUCGUCUGUGCUGAGCUCGGACACGCAGCCCUUCCCAAACGAGCCGGAGCCCAGCCAGGGAGACGCUGAGGGUGCAGCCAAAGAGAUGCCCAGCGCCACCAACACCACCAGCACCAUCACGGAGAACGGGGGUGGGCUGGUGGGCAGCCAGGAGCUGGAGGAGGCACAGCCAGACCUGAAGAUCUGCAGCUACAAUGGGGCCACAGCCGCUGGCACAGGGUCACUGGGGCCAGAGGGGGCCAGCGGGUGCCUGGGGGAGGCAUCACCCAUCGCCCCACGGCUGGAGGACACCCAUAUCCUCAGCGAGGACCCUCUGGAGCCCUUCGAGUCCCUGGCCAGAGACCCCGGCACGGGCGAUUUGUACGCGAUGGACGACUCGCAGCUGGUGAGCGACAAAUCCCCCUUGGAGGAGCCCCCCGACCUGGCUGCCAGCCCCCCACUCCACGCCGGCCCCUUCAGCCUGCUGCCCGCCAGCCCCUCGCCCGCCCCGCUGCUCCAGGCCCCCGGCUCGCCGCCCGCCCUGCCCGGCGACAACGGCGAGCUGAAGAGCGGCGACCACGCGGGGCUGCGGGACUCGGGGUCCCUGGAGCUCGACCCUCCGCUGGAGCCGGACUCGCCGGCCCCGUCUGCUGAGGAGGAGGAGGAGGAGGAGGAGGAGGAAGAAGAGGAGGAGGAGGAGGAGGCUGCCGACAGCUGCCCGGAGACUUCGGCCGCGCCGGGAGAAGGGGAGAGCGAGGAGCCGGCCCUGCUGAGCGCCUCGGGGGCAGGUGAUGUCCCUCGGCGGCGCAUCGCCACGCAGGAGGAGGUGCGCUUCCCGCUGCAGCACGGGUGGAGGCGGGAGGUGCGGAUCAAGAAGGGGAACCAUCGCUGGCAGGGUGAGACCUGGUACUACGGCCCCUGCGGGAAGAGGAUGAAGCAAUUCCCGGAGGUCAUCAAGUACCUGAGCAGGAACAUGGUGCAGGACGUGCGGCGCGAGCACUUCAGCUUCAGCCCCCGCAUGCCCGUGGGAGACUUCUACGAGGAGAGGGACACUGCAGAGGGCGUGCAGUGGGUGAAGCUGAGCCCCGAGGAGAUCCCCGGGCGCAUCCAGGCCAUCACGGGCAAGCGCGGCCGGCCCCGCAACGCCGAGAAGGUCAAAGGCAAGGAGCCCCCGGCCACCAAACGGGGCAGGGGCCGCCCACCCAAGGUCAGGAUGGUGGAUUUGCUCAGCAAGACGGAUGCACGGCUGCUGAAGAGGCUGGAAGCACAAGAGGUGCUCAGCGAGGAGGACAAGCUGAAAAUGAGCAAGAUCAAGAAGAAAAUGAGGCGGAAGGCCAAGAACAAGCAGAAGCAGGAGGCCAAAGCCCCCAGGACCAAGGAGGCCAAGAAGAAAUCCAAGGUCAAGGAGAAGAAGGGGAAGGCAGAGAAGGGCAAGGACAAGGCCAGGCCCAAGGAGAAGAAGGCCAAGGGGGCUCGCAAGGCGGACAAGGGGCUGCUGGCCCAGCGGCGCCUGGAGGAGCGGCGGCGGCAGCAGCUCAUCCUGGAGGAGAUGAAGAAACCCACAGAGGACAUGUGCCUGGGGGACCACCAGCCCCUGCCAGCCUUCUCCCGCAUCCCGGGGCUGGUCCUGCCCAGCCGUGCCUUCUCCGACUGCCUGACGGUGGUGGAGUUCCUGCAGAGCUACGGGAAGGUGCUGGGGCUGGAGCCAGCCCGGGACGUGCCCACGCUGGGGGCGCUGCAGGAGGGGCUGCUGGGGGUGGCCCCUGGCGUGGGGCAGCUGCAGGACCUGCUGGUGAGGCUGCUGCAGGCGGCGCUGUGCGACCCGGGGCUGCCACCCUACUGCCAGUCCCUGAAGAUCCUGGGGGAGAAGGUGUCGGAGAUCAGCCUGAACAGGGACACGGUGUCAGAGGUGCUGCGCUGCUUCCUGACGGCGCACGGUGCGGGCGCGGCUCUGUGCGAGGGGCUGCGCACCAAACCCUUCCAGGCGCUGCCCCCCGAGCUCAAGGCCUCCAUCCUGGUCUUCCUCGUCAACGAGCUCAACAGCAGCGCCCUCAUCAUCAGUGAGAUCGACAAGAACUUGGAGAGCAUGGCCAACUACAGGAAGAACAAGUGGAUCAUUGAGGGAAGACUGCGCAGGCUGAAGGUCGCCCUGGCCAAGAAGACAGGCCGUCCUGAGUCGGAGAUCACGGGGCUGGAGGACGGGCGGCGCCGGCGCAGCUCCCGCCUGACCGAGGACGUGGGGCUGGAGAUGGAGGAGGAGGAGGAGACCCGAGGGAGGAGAUCCCGCAGGGAGGAGGAGGUUGACACGUCUACAUCCAGCGUGCCGGAGCUGGAGCGGCAGAUUGAGAAGCUGGCCAAGAGGCAGAUGUUCUUCCGCAAGAAGCUGCUCCAUUCCUCCCAGACCCUGCGUGCAGCCUCCCUGGGCCAGGACCGGUUCCGGAGGCGCUACUGGGUCCUGCCCCACCUGGGCGGCAUCUUCGUGGAGGGUGCUGAGGCAGCUGAGGUGGUGGCUCAGGAGCCUCCUGAGGAGAAGAUGUCCCCGCUGGUGUCCCCGGUGAAGGAGGAGCCGGCCGCCGUGCCCGUCGCCAGCCGCACCAGCUGCCCGACCUCGGCCUCCCGUGCCCGUGGGAGGCCCCGGAAAAGCAAAGAGGAGCUGGCCCAGCACUGCCAGCCCUGCCAGCCCUGCCCAGUGCCCAUCAACGGCGUCCUGGAGGAGCCAGAGCCGCUGGGGCAGAGCCAGCACGACCUGAGCCAGUCGGCGUUCCUGUCCUGGCUGAGCCAGACCCAGUCGUCCCUGCUCAAGGACUCGGUUCUCACCCCGGCCAGCAGCCCUGGCAAAGGGGACACGGGGCUCACCGAGGCCCCCUCGGACCCCAUGGAGGAGGAAGAGGAAGAGGAGGAAGAGGAGAGAGCCCCGGAGGCCGUGGCAAAGAGAGGGCCCUGGUUUAACCUGCUGCCCCGCACGCCUUGCGACGACCGAGCCCCCCUCGCUGCCUCCUCGGCUGAGCCCUCGCCACGAGCCCCCGCAGCCCCCCGCAGCCAGAGCAGGGGGGAGCCCCCCAAGGGCUCAGCACGGCAGCUGAACGGCCUCCCCUCAGACGACCCCAGAGCCCCCCUGCUCGCCUCCACACCAGUGCACGCCGGCCCCAGGGCCCACGGCGCCUGCCCCCGCAGCCAGGCCAGCCUGGAGAAGCUCCAGGACGUGCCAGGACAGCCCAAACGCCGAGGGAGACCCCCCACCAAAUUCUUCAAGCAGAUGGAGCAGAAAUACCUGACGCAGCUGACGGAGCAGCCGGUGCCCAGCGAGAUGCAGAGUGGCUGGUGGUGGCUGAGGGACCCCGAGGAGCUGGAGGCCGUGGCACGGGCGCUGCACCCGCGUGGCAUCAGGGAGAAAGCCCUGCACAAGCACCUGACCAAGCACAAGGAGUUCCUGCGUGAGGUUUGCCUCAGGAGCACCACUGACCCCAUCUUCCACCCUCGCCCAGACCCGGCCAGCACGGCGGUGUCCCGGGAGGCCCUGGCUCAGUGGUCAGUGCUGGACAGAGCCUACGAGACCGACCUGGGCGUGCUGCAGUGGGUGGAGGAGCUGGAGCAGCGCGUCCUCAUGGCCGACCUGCAGAUCCGGGGCUGGACGUGUCCGAGCCCGGACUCGAGCAGGGCCGACCUGCGGUACUGCGAGCACAAGGUGGAGCCCCUGGAGGACAUCACGGUGCGCAGCAGCCGGCGGGAGGCGCCGCCCGUGCGCCGGGAGCUCACCAACCCGCUGGACCUGGCCGUGCUGCGCCUGGCCGCGCUGGAGCACAACCUGGAGCGCCGCUACCUCAAGGAGCCGCUGUGGCCGCAGCACGAGGUGGUGCUGGAGAAGGCCGUGCUGAGCAACCCCGAGGAGCUGGGAGCGGGCUCCACCGAGAUCUCAUACGAGAUCACGCCGCGGGUGCGGACGUGGCGGCAGACCCUGGAGCGCUGCCGCAGCGCCGCCCAGGUGUCCCUGUGCCUCCUCCAGCUGGAGAAAUCCAUCGCCUGGGAGAAAUCCGUCAACAGAGUGACCUGCCUGGUUUGCCGGAGAGGGGAUGACGACGAGCACCUGCUGCUGUGCGACGGCUGCGACCGCGGCUGCCACCUCUACUGCCACCGGCCCCGCAUGACAGAGGUGCCCGAGGGAGACUGGUUCUGCUCCGUCUGCGUGGCCAGGGCCGGGCAGUACCGGGACCCCAUCUCCCCCCGGCGAGGCAAGAAACGGAAACGGGGCCGGGGGCUCGGGGGCAGCCCCGGCGAGGAGGAGGAGGAGGAGCCGAGCCCGCGGCGGCGCCGCCCGGCCCCGAGGCACCGGCGGGGGCUGCCCCCGGUGUCCCCCCGGUGCCGGCCCGGGGAGGCGCCCAGCCCGGCCCGCAGGAGGAGCGGGGCCCUGCGGGGGCAGCCCGGAGACCUGACCUACUGCGAGAGAUGGAGUUCUCACGAGGACGCCUGGCCCUUCCUGGAGCCCGUCAACCCCCGCCUGGUGCCCGGCUACCGCAGGAUCAUCAAGAGGCCCAUGGACUUCAGCACCAUGCGCGCCCGGCUGCUGCGGGGAGGGUACUCGAGCUCGGCCGAGUUUGCCGCCGACGCCCUCUUGGUGUUCGACAACUGCCAGACCUUCAACGAGGACGACUCCGCCGUGGGCCGGGCGGGCCACGCCAUGCGCCGGUUCUUCCAGAGCCGGUGGGAGGAAUUUUAUCAGGGAAAAAACCCUCCCAACCCCUGAGGGGGGAACCCGGGGGUCUCCCCAAGCCCCCCCCCACCACGAACUGCCUCCACUGGAGCUGCUCUCGCUGCCUGCUGAUCCCACAUUUUGGGGGUUUUUUUUUUUCCCCUCCCAGCAGCGUGAAUGGGCUUCUAAACCCACCCCUCACACUGAUGAGGCCCCUUCAUGCUGCUUGGACCCCUUCCCCAAAAUCCUGCCCUAUCUAUUUCCCCCAUUCCCCUUUUAUUUUAUUUUUUUUUUUCCCAGCACCACAAAAGUCACAGAUUUGUGUAAGCCAAAAAAGAAAAAAAAAAAAAAAAAGAGGUGGGUUUUUUUUUUUUUUCUUGCUUUUACUUUCAAAAUUUCAUUUUUCGGAUUAAGAGCAGAAACAGGAAAUCCCCUUUCCCCUUGUUCCCCUUCUCCCUCAAAAUGGGGACAACUCCCAAAAAAGGGGAGAAUCUUCCUAAAAAAGGGGAGAAUUCCUGAAAAUGGGGAGAAUUCCCUGAAAAAAAUGGGAGAAACUCCCCAAAAAGGGGGAGAAUUCUCUGAAAAAGGGGAGAAUU